AACCGUGACAGGCUCCGCGGGUUUGGGCCUCGCCUGAGCGGGCUGGCUGGCUGGAAGCGGGCCGCGGUGGGGUCAGGAUGGAGGCGGCUGGGGCGCGGAGCAGGGACGCGCGGGGUCGAGCGGAGAAGAGCCCGCCCGAGAGCAGGAAAGUGUAUAUGGACUAUAAUGCAACCACCCCCCUGGAGCCAGAAGUGAUUGAGGCCAUGACAGAGGCCAUGCGGGAAGCCUGGGGAAAUCCCAGUAGCUCUUACCCAGCAGGUAGGAAGGCCAAGGAGAUUAUCAACACAGCCCGGGAGAACCUCGCCAAGAUGAUAGGUGGGCAGCCUCAGGACGUGAUCUUCACUUCAGGGGGCACCGAGUCAAAUAAUUUAGUAAUCCAGUCCAUGGUGAAGCACUUCCACAAAGUCCACACCGCCAACGGGGACACGGGCGGGCAUCCCAGCCCAGUGGACAGGGCCCUGCCGCACAUCAUCACCUGCACCGUGGAGCACGACUCCAUCCGCCUGCCGCUGGAGCACCUGGGGGAGGAGCGCGUGGCCGAGGUCACCUUUGUCCACGUGUCCAAGGUGAACGGGCAGGUGGAGGCUGAGGACAUCCUGGCAGCCGUUCGCCCGGCCACGUGCCUGGUGACAAUCAUGCUGGCCAACAAUGAGACAGGCGUCGUCAUGGUGAGUUGCUGUCCUCCUGGGGAGACCGGUGGGGAUGCGGUCGUCUGGCCCAGCCUCCCCUUUUCCUCUGGUCUUUACCCUUCUGUCAGCCUCCCCCGCGGCAGGCAGGUGCUCUCUACCCCCAAGCUGGGGCCCAGCGUCAGCGCCUGCCCCGCACCCGUGUCUGGACGGUUCUACGGCCCCAGGAUCGGCGCGCUCUACGUCCGAGGGCUCGGUGAGCACACCCCUCUGUACCCGAUGCUGUUUGGAGGCGGACAAGAGCGGAACUUCAGGCCAGGGACAGAGAACACCCCGAUGAUUGCUGGCCUUGGGAAGGCGGCCGAGCUGGUGGCAGAGAACUGCGAGGCCUAUGAGGCCCACAUGCAGGGUGUGCGCGACUACCUGGAGGAGAGGCUGGUGGCUGAAUUUGGUAAGAGAAUGCAUCUGAACAGCCAGUUUCCAGGCACCGAGCGGCUCCCCAACACCUGUAACUUCUCCAUCCGGGGACCCCAGCUCCAAGGCCGCGCGGUGCUGGCGCAGUGCCGGACGCUGCUGGCCAGCGUGGGGGCCGCCUGCCACUCGGACCUCGGGGACCGGCCGUCCCCCGUGCUGCUGAGCUGCGGCAUCCCCUUCGACGUGGCCAGGAACGCCAUCCGGCUGAGCGUGGGCCGCAGCAGCACCCGGGCCGAGGUGGACCUCGUCGUGCAGGACCUGAAGCAGGCAGUGGCCCGGCUAGAGGGCCAGGCCUAGUGCCCGUGGGAGCUCCUCCUUGUGCCGACACCGCCGCCCCACAGCACCCAGGGAAGGGGGAGUGCCGUGGCCGCCUCCCUGCUCUCUGGGAGGAAGGGCGAGCUUGUCACGGACACCCCCUUCCUGGAAGGUGGCAUUUUUAUCCGAAAGAUAAAAUCCUAGCAUUUAUCACCAGCUGCUACCAUGAACAUAGGAAGCGUGAUUUUCAGGGGCUGUCCUGGCCUCCCCGCACUUGUCUGCAGAGAGGGCAGUGUCGCCUCACCCCCAGACCCUCCUCAAGGCCUUUCCAGAGGCGGGGGCUGGCUGCUGCGGUCAGGCCCCCUCCCCGUGGGGCACCCCGCACUUCCCGCCCUGCCCAUUCCACUGGUCACCUGCCGGUCCCUUGGCCGUCAGCCACUGGGCGCCUCCCCACCGGCCCCCCGGUCCCUGCCGCCCCUUCCCUCUGAUCACCCGCUUAGGGUUUCGGCUCCUCCAUCAGCCACAGGCGCCCUGUGAAUCUGAGUCAUCCCCGGACAGGCGAGCCUCCAUCCCUCACGCCUUCCCCCCCCAGGUGUGUUCGGGAGGGUUCUCGGAUCUCCACAGAUGCUCUGGGGUGUCUGAUUCAUGCCAAAUGUUAUCUGUGGAGACAUUUACAUAGGAGUGAUUUUUUUUAAUUGAACAACACAUUUAAUGUGUGAUUGAAAGGAGCAGAGAACUUCAUAAUGACAUUGAGAAUACAACUGUCAGAAAUGAGAUGAACUAAUAAAAGAUGCCGAUGCUUGUUUUGGA